ACUUCAGUGUUAAUAAUAUAUGUAUCCACUAUAUUAAUGUAAACCUUCGUACGGGCCAAGUUCAGGCCCAUAAUUUUAAAGACCGGUUCUGUAAGAUUUAGCUAUUCCCCAUAGACAUAUGAAUCUAAACCAUAGUUGCUGGUGAAUCCCAAGCUUCAAGAUGAGUACAGGUGGAGCGUUUGGAGGAAACAGAGGAUUGAGACCAAUACCACCAGAAAAGGGUAUUUUUCCUUUGGAUCAUUUGCAUCAAUGCGACACGGAGAAGAAAGGUUAUCUCGACUGUCUCAAGUCUUCUGGUCAUAAGUCUGAGCAAUGUAGGCAUCUUUCAAAGACGUAUCUCGAGUGUCGGAUGGCAAAGAAUUUGAUGGCAAAGCAAGAUAUGUCUGAGCUGGGAUUCAGUGGUGUUACUGAACUGGAUUCUAUUGUGGAGAAAGAAAGAUGAAAGUCUGCGAUUAUAUUGUGCUGAUCGGUUUUUUGGAACACAUACAUAUUGAAAAUUGAAGACUAUUAAGAACUUUCUUGAUGUUGCUUCACAAAACUCCAAGAUUUUAUUGAGAUUAGAGUAGUUAGUGAUGUUUGUGCAUGUAUCCACAAGAGAAACUUGAAAUUAUCACACACCAUUCUCCACAUCUGGUUCAUUUCUGUUAAUCUAAUCUUGGUAUUUUAGGGUA